UCAGAGUCGUUGAAAUUGUCGAGAUAUGAUAAUGAACCUCAGAGCACAGGCCGCUGUCGCGUCAGCAACUAGCCAGCGAAAACAUUUGGGAUUUUCAAGUUUUCCUCAUCAAUUAUCAGCAGAUCACCAGUUCCACCGGCACAGUUUGGCCGCGCAGCAGUUAACGCAAUACCACAACCGUAAAACCUUCAGCGCGUACCAAAGCCACCCUAUAAUUGGACCUGUAGCCGCGGCCGAUGUGGUGACGCGCCACAUUACAUUGUACAACAGCAGUCACUACGAGUACACUGCGGAAGAACAAGAACGAAGACGAAGGGAACAGGAUCAACACAAAGAUACAACGACCGAUGGAGAAAACGGGAAACUAACUGGACACCAUAUCAACCCACAAAGACAAAGCUACCAAGGAAAACGUAGCUUGCCGGACACGGAUGGGCCGGUUGAAAGCCAGUGUAAAAAGCCAAACACUUUAAGCAAUAACUUGUGCGUAGAAUCGAACUGCUUUGGUGUCCUUAACGGGGAACAUAUUGAAAAAUCGAAAGCCGCACAUAUACAACAAUUAGAGGAGAACGUUUGCGUGGCGUCGCUUGAUCGCCGUGAGGAUACACAUUUUGAUUUGGUCCAGCCAGCACCGUCGUGUGAGCAUUCCUUAGUAAAUGGUCAUCCGCCAUUAGUUCCAGCAACCAACGAUCCUUACAGUAAUCUUCCUUAUACGCCCCUACACCCUUGUGGGCGAGCAACGCAGAACCACCACCCGGAAUACAUUCAAUACGACGCUCGGCAAGCCAACGAAGUUUCGCACUAUCAUCCUAACCCUUGCUUGGAGCCGUUCUACCACAACGAGCAACCAAGCUAUCACCCACAAAUAGCAGAGCCCGAUCCUUACCACACGUAUCCAAAUACACGUAGCUUCCAUUCAAAACUGGAGGACCAAGUCAGCGAGGAAAACCGUGCAGCAUCUACAGCGUGUGACAAAAUGCCCGGAGCUCAAACUUUAAGUAUGAGCUAUACCGGCUCAGUGUCGGGAUCUCAACAUACGACCUCAGGCCGGCAUGUGGUCGACAUUUUAUCCGAUCAUCAAGGCGAACUGAUUAAAACGGACAGCCCAAACUUCCUAUGUACACCACUUCCCCAGCAUUGGCGUGUCAACAAAUCGCUACAGACGCCCUUCAAAGUGGUGGCUCUCUCAGAUAUACCGGACGGCACGACUGUCACGGUCAUGGCUGGCAACGAUGAGAAUUAUUCCGCUGAACUGCGUAACGCAUCGGCCACCAUGAAGGGAUGCGUUGCCAGAUUCAACGAUUUGAGAUUUUUGGGUCGAAGCGGACGAGGCAAAAGUUUUAAUCUGACGAUCACCAUUUUCUCUUCUCCGCCGCAAGUGGCGACUUACCAGAGGGCGAUAAAGAUUACAGUGGAUGGACCAAGGGAACCUCGCCGUCAUCGCCAAAAGCAACUAGAGGAAAGAGCAAAAGGGGUUUUGUUCCCAGAAGGCUUCCACCUCGAAUCCAUCCGAAGAAACCCCACUUACCAAGGACAAGUUGAUCCCAGCCGAAUGGUAGCCAGCGGGACAGGAGGUUGGGCUUACCCGCAACCCCAGUUCCCAUAUCUAACCCCAUCUCAACACGCGGCCGCCGCUGCCCGCGCUCAAUCCGUUGCUCGAGCGGGGAAUGUAGCUGGUCUCGGGCCGGCCGGCUCCAUCACGCCACCUGGCGGAUUAAAUAUGAUCAAGAGAGAAGAGAGCCACGGAUCGGGUCAACUGAGCGGAGGAAACGGAAUCUCUCCACCCUGCACCACUGGAAACGCAAACCAUCAUCACGGCUCGGGUAAAGAUUGGAAAAUACGCGACUUUCAGGUUCACCUAGAGGGACGGUUCGGCAACAGGUCUUUCGUGUACCCGAGCGGAGCCGGUUUCCCUGGAUAUGACAGCUCCAUGCUACCAGCCGGGGGUCACAACCAGUCUUCUAACAAUCCGUACGGAACCCCUUAUCUUUACCCUGCUGCUUUGUACCCUGGAAACACUUUAUCUUCUUAUAAUUCCGUUGGUCAGAAUUACGACGGGAACGGCAACGGUGGUAAUAGCAGUAAUAACAAUAAUGCUUCUUGCUCUGUUUCGGCUGGCGGUGGCGGUCGGAAUAAUGCCGAAUCGACCGAUGCAAGUUCGCCGACUGCACCAAUUGGUAGAGUCCGUGCAGGCGGUUCGUCAGUGGGCAGCGAAGGCGAUAUUUCGUCCACCAUGUCCCCUGGAAAUAGCUCCGGAGGCGCCAGGGACGGCCAUGAUGGUUCUCAGAAUGUCGACAACGGCGCUGCAAACCUUAUCAACUCUGCCGUGGGGUUACACGGCCAACGUUGGGACAAUAGUAACGGUGUUGUCGCAGCGGCUUUAGAAGCCGUUGAGGCUGCAAGCCGAGGACAGAGAGAUAACAUGGACCAUCAUUCACACCAUCAUCACCAAGUGGCGCGCGUAGCAGGCGUUAACACCAGCGGUAUAUUACAUGAAGAUGUAUGGCGUCCCUACUGGAUAACGCCAUCCACCACUUGAUAACAUUGUGAAAUGCCGGCGGCCAAUUCCGCGAGCAUUCUACCAGCUCAACUGAUGCUUCGAGCCUAAAAGAACGAGUAUUGCUCCACCCUGUUCCACGUUUAAGUUUCCUUGUUACUAGACAAGCCACCUUGUUACUGCUUUUCAUUUGCGCACUAUACACUGCAGCGCGCAAAGCGAGAGGGCGGCACAGCAAACAGAAAAGUGUUACUGUACAGUGUGCUCACGUUUGCUCAGGCUAUAGCUUUGUGUGAACUAUACAACGCGUCCUGAUUCGACAGAACGCAGCCCUUGGUCCAAGAAUACGAUUUGAGCAUUGUAGGAGAAGCCCAGCAAAUCGUUUUUGGAUUUUUUUAACGUAUUUUUCAAUCAUCGGUAAAACCGCGAACGGGAUGAACUCUAUUGCCAAUGUGCACGCUGUACAACAGAUGCCAAGUUUGAUAAAGUGUUAAAAGGGACUGGCCGCAGUCAUGACGCAUUUCUAAUCUAUAUUGAACUGCAGUUUAUAGUAUCGGUAGCACGCAUCAAACCCGCUUAUCCAUGGCUGCAAUCCUUGUGUACUUUAAGCUAUACAACGUCGCCGUAUUCACCACUAUGAACUUACGUCGGCCCGCCAUAUAAUGACCAUCACCGCAAUACACAAUGAUCAUUUUUGUAUGCCCCUACACUGCUGUAAGCGCGUACGAAGCUAUUUUCCGUCUAUAUUGGUCCCUGGCAGGGCGCUUUAACUUGCCUGUGGCUUCGUGGCGUUCAAAAUUUCGCAGUGAAUUUUAGCCUGUAACCGUAUCGGAUACGCAUGUUACAAUUAACCGUGCUGUUGUCGGCCCGUUGGCCGAGUUGUUUCGUCUUCUUAAGCUUUAUUGCAACCCGCGUCUGUGCAUUUUAAUCGCUUAGCGAUGCCGCAUUUUGCUACUGUGCCGUGCCUACUGCUACGAACAAUACUUUAAGUAUGACUUACAAUUAAAUAUUCAGCUUUUGCA